CGGCGGGGCGGGGAAGGGUGUCCCCGUCUCUCUCCGUGCGCCAGGGCGCGGCGCAGCCACUCGGUGCGCUCGGAGGCGGAGCAGGGGCCACCCAAGCCUUAGCAGCCGCCGCUUUCUCGACCGCCUGGAGACACAAAGGCUGCGGAUCUCUCCCCGGAGCCGGGCGAGGCGAGUGGAGCAGCUCCGGCCCCCCCGCGUUCAGUCCCGCCAGGGCCCCCCUUGGAGAGCCAUGUCCUGCCUGGAUUACCUAGCUGCCGAGUGCCUGGUGUCCAUCUCCAGCGGGGCUCUGAUCCACCCCGCCGCCGCCGCCUCCAACCUCCCCAGCCCCGAUCCCGCUAGCAGCGAGGACCGGGAGGUACGGGACACGCUCCGGGGCGCAGCUCAGGCGGCGGCCGGCUGCAGGGCGCGCCCCGGUUCGGCGCACUCGGAGAGCAGUAACUCGUCCUCGUCGGCCGGAGGGGGGGACCUGGAGAGCGGCUACACCACCCUGUCCGACGGGGGUGGCGGACCCCAGCGCGCCCCGCUGCCCGGCCACAGCCCCAGCCUCUCCUCCCCGGGCAAGCGGCACCGCUGUCACUUCCAGGGCUGCUGCAAAGUUUAUGGCAAAUCGUCCCACCUGAAGGCGCAUCUGAGGACGCACACAGGUGAGAGGCCGUUCCCGUGCACCUGGCCUGACUGCUCCAAGAAGUUUGCGCGCUCGGACGAGCUGGCCCGGCACUACCGCACCCACACCGGGGAGAAGAAGUUUGCCUGCCCACUCUGCGAGAAACGCUUCAUGCGCAGUGACCACCUCACCAAGCAUGCCCGCCGCCACCCCGCCUUCCACCCCUCCAUGGUCAAGCGGCAGGGCUGCCCCAGCGUUUCCCCUAGCAACUCAGCGCCUGGCAGCCUGGCGGGGAGCCCCGUUGCCAGCCCUGCCCCCAGCCCGGCCAAGUUCCUGUAGGGGCUGGCGCUGCUCCGAGCAGGGAGCAAGUGUCACGGACCCCAAAAGGUGCUGCCUGGCCCAGGCCAGCCCGGGAAGCAGCUGAGAGGGCCCGGGGCCAAGGCUGCCCUUGGAUCUGUCGGGGAGCGAACCAUCCACUCCUCCCUGCUGGGGUCUUGCUCAUGGGGGCCCUUCCUCUCCAUGUUCCAGGUGUCUUCGAGCAGCAGCCUCUCCCCACCUGGCUUCGUGGUGACGUCCAGCAUCCCCCAGCCCCGGCCUGCGUGGCACAACGGUCGGGCGUCCAGUCCGACGGGCUGCGCUGCGCCCCCGGGGGUGGGUGUCCACGACCUCACCCCAGCUGCCGCCAGCCCCUCCCCAGGACAGACUCCUGCAUGGUGGUGGGACGUGGUGCCUCUCCGGGAACCCCUGGCUACCACCGUGCCAGAUUCUACCGGCUUGACUUGUUACGCCCCGGGGGCUGUUACACUCUGGAGAUGCUGAGGGGCAAAUCAGGGCCCUUGCCUCCUCUCUGCAGUGACACUUCCCCAGCAGGGGGCACCCGCGGGAUGAUUCCAGUUUACACCUUGGGGGGGGCCCCUUGACAAAGGCAGCUUAAACCAGGCCAGUUCCGCCUCCCGUCUCCAGAGACCGUGACCGCUUCACUCUUGGGACAGAAGGCUGCUCAGGGAGGAGACGGCCGGUGGCUGAAGUCCCCUGCGUCUCCCACUUCCCCUCCCCUCCCCUUCUGGAAACCAGGACCUGCUCCCCUGAAAUUCUCCCCCCUGCCUCCGCGGGAAGCCCAACAUAUCCAUCUAUCUAUAGAUGGAUAUCCUCCUCCCCCUCCCUCCCCCAGAGGGGAAUUCUGAAUAUUUAUUUAUACGGACUGAUGCCCCCCCAGUUGCAACCCUCUGAGGCCUUUGCAAGCCAUGGGUAUUUGGCCAGUGGACACAGACUGAGUGACUGGCACUGGGGGGUCAAGUACCUUUCGAGUGACACUCAGUCCAGCCCUUGCUGUGGGGUGGGGCUGGGCUUUUUAGGCAGGAAUCUAUUUAUGGCCAGAAUUGGUUUUUAUAGCUGUGGAAUCAGGGGGAGGGGCUACAGGAGGGGAGUGUGACAGGCGCGCCAGCCAGCCUCUUUGAAGGGGGUGCGGGUUGAGAAUUUGUCUAUGCAGCAUAUUGCUGCUGGAUCCCGGCUGUGUGCAGCUGUUUUAAGGGAAGCUUGGGCCCUGCAUUUAGAUUCUUGGUGAUUUGGGGGGUGCCACAGAUUUUUCCGUGCUCCACCGGAGACCUGAAAACUUGCAAUUUAAUUUUUUACUAGAGAGUGCUCAGCACUUUAAAGACACAGGGAGCCCCUUUGAGAUGAGUCAGGUGGGGCUCCCAAAAAAUCAGUCAUCACUGCUGGAAAUAUAGGGCCAAGUGCCUUAAGUCCAUCGAGAGCAGGCCUGUCCCAGAACUGCACUAGGCCAAGUACAUUGAUCAGAGUGGACUAGGUUAUUGGCGCAACAGCGGUUACAUAGCAGCCUUUCUCAGCCAAGUGGGACUCUCCAUUUGACCCUGCUGCAAGUAGCUGCACUGAAGUCAC